AUGAGUGUUUCUAAAAAUAAUUUAAGAUCCAUUUAGCAUAUUGGCAGUAUUUAAAAAUAACUCUUUGAUAUUCAUUCUAAAGAUCCUCUCCUUAACAGCCUUUCGCAUAUAUUUUAGUUUAGUUUAGAUUUUUAUAAUUCUACAAAGAAAAAACUAAACUAAAAGCAGUAAUAAAAUAAAAUACAAUUUAGCAAUAUCACAGAUGUAUUUUCUUCUUAAUGUUGCUCGGUAUAUUGCAGUCUUAUUAGUUAAUCCAUCGAUAUAAAAAGAACUUCAAAGAAUUUUUAACAAAUAUUUGAAAUUGAACAAUCUAGUGUUGUCGGAAAAUAAGUCUCUAACUUGUUACCUAAAGUGAUGUUUAAUGCGCAUGAAAUAACGAUUGAUGAGUUUAUCAAUUUUGGGAACAAUGACUCUAUUAUCAACACAGGCGAGAGAUUUGCUUUUGCUCAAAAUGGAAAUGGUUUCAUUUUUCCUAUCUACAUAAGAAUAAAAACAGAAAAUCUCUAAGAUGAUUUCGGUGUCACAGCACUAAUUAAAAGAGUGAAUGACUAAAAAUAAUACAUAUUUUUUAAUGAGUCAUAUUAGAUCACAGAUAUUAGCAGUUUUAUCUAUGAAAAAAUAUUUUCUUAGGAGUAUUCACUGAAUUAAUUAAAGAACUAGCAAAUUUUGAAAUUUCUCCCCUUGCUUAAAGCAAUUUUGAAUGAUUAAACUUUAUCUGAAGAAAACUAUUACAACUCUUGCUUUAUAGUAAAAAGAAGAAAGGAAUAUAAGCAAGAUAUAGCUUAAUCAAGAUUUAAUAAUUAUGUUAAUAUAAAUGAAAGAGUAUUUUCUGCUAUAUUUAAGAUAAGGAGUCUUUAAUCUAAACACAUGAAGCAUUUUAAAUACUUGGAAGUCUAAACUUUUUCAGAAGAAAAGUCAUUAUUUGGAAAAUAAGCUUAGCUUAAUUUGCUUAGAAAAUGUCUAAAUGUGGAACUCUAAAUUUAAGAUGAUGAAAUAAAAGAGAGCUAUGAUGAAAAAUCAUCAGAAUAUUUUUAUAAAAAGCCACGAGUUAAAGAAAAUUUACUUUUAAAAUAACAAUCUGAAAAAGUAAAUGAAAAUAAAAAAAAUGAAGAACAACUUGGUGAGUUUACAUCAAAUUCAAAUUACGGAUAACUAAACUAAACUUAACAAUAUACUUAAGAAUAAUAAUAUUACAUGAAUAUUGGCGGUUUGGAAGAUUUUAUUUCGAGUCGAAGGAAGAAUUCUUGGGAUCAUUUUUACCAUAGCAACUCAGGUUCAAAGUAAACUUAACAAGAAUAGCAUAGCGAAAUAAUAUUAUCAAAGCAAGAUAUAAAUAAUAUUGAAAACUAAUUAUCAAAUAGAUAUUUAAAUUAAUAAUCUAGUGUUAAUGUUAGUAGUGCGAAUCAGUUGGCUUGCUAAAUACUAGAUAAAAACUGUGAUCCUUCAAACUAAAAAUACAAAAAUUCUUUAAAAAAUGACUUACUUUAAAAAUCUCUUAACAGAUAAUCUAUUUCAGCUUACUUAGAAAAUGAUAAAAAUUGUGAAAAUUUCAGUGUUAAGUAUGCUAUAUGCAAUAUCCAUUAAAUUCUUGCAGAUAAAUUAUCAGAUUCACCUUAAAGUAUAGCCUUUAAUGAUAGAAAUAAUAAAAAUAAAGAAUUUGAUCACAUUAAAGAAGAAGAAUCUUCAGUUGAUUAUGAAUAAUAAAUUAAAAAGUAAUUUUAUAGCCAAAAUAUCUAAAAUGAAUGUUUUGAUAAAUUAUAAAAUAAUAACGAAAACAGCAUUAAAAUCCUCUACGACGUUGAUAAAUAUUCCAUUGAUGGUAAUUAAAGCUCAUAAAUAUCUAUCAGAAAGAGGAUUAUUAGAAAAAUUACUAAAACUACAAAUUCUGGAAUAAUAAAAAUGAUAAUUUUCACAGGCUUGAUGUCAAUAAUUCUUUUAUCAGUUUGUGUUUUAACAUUUUACUUUAUUAAUGUAAGUAAUCUGAAUAAAAUUUCUGAUUUGUUCAGCAAAUUCAGUUCAGCAACUGUAAUCAGUGAAUCAGUUUUUUAAUAUUCGAAAGAAGAGGAAUUUUAAAUUAACGCAUUCAUUUAUAGAGAUGUUUUAAAACUAAAUCGCAUAAUACCAAACCCUUAUAAUAUUUCAUAAAACACUACUGAACUCGCUUACAGAUUUAACAUAAGCAGAAAUCAUUCAAGAAGAACAAUAAAUUAGUAUAGUAAAAAUAUUAACAAAAUUUUAAAAGCAAACAAUGAAGAAUUCUUUGAUUAUAUUUCUGAAACUUAAAUAUCUGUGAUGAGUGAAUUUUAGGAUCGUAAAAUUUAUACUAUAAAUAAAAGAAAUCAUAGUAUUUUGUACUCAAUGCUCUUAUUUUAAUCUUGCUUAAAUUAGUUGUACUUACAAGGAAAGCGUCAAGAAUUCUAUCCUCAAUCAAUGGUUUUUGGCAACAAUGAAGUUUUCAAUGCAGCCAUUCUAAAAAUUUAAACAUUGAUUUCUGCUUUAUGUUUGAUCGUCAUAGCUGUACCUUUCAUGAUUUACUUUAAGUCUCAGAAAUUUAAAAAAAUGUUUAAUACAACUCUUCCUUUAAUAUAAUUUAAUCGAUGA